AUGGCCCAAACAAUGAUGAGAAAAAUUGGGUUGAGUGGAGCAUGUGUUGUGGUGGGAGUGAUAAGAAGAAGUAGCUCUCGCAACCUUGUAACAAACAGUAAUAAGAUGUCUUUGAAAAAGAAAGAAAGAGAGUUGCCAUCAGAGGCUGAUGUCACUAAAUCAGUGUUUAUGUCACAAUCCACUGAUAUUUAUACUAAUUUGGCUCUGGAAGACUGGAUGUAUCGUAAUAUGGAUUUCACAAAUCACCAUAUUAUGAUGGUAUGGAAAAACGAGCCUUGUGUUGUAAUUGGCCGACACCAAAAUCCAUGGUUAGAAGCUAAUAUUGCUCAAUUAUCUGAGAAGGAAAUUGCUUUAGCUCGACGCAACAGUGGUGGUGGUACUGUUUACCAUGACCGUGGAAAUCUUAACAUUACAUUUUUUACACCUCGAGAAAGAUAUGACAGAAAAUAUAAUUUGGAACUCAUUAAAAGAGCAUUAUUCAGAGGAUUUGGAAUUAAUUCUGUAAUUAACAAGCGUGAUGACAUUGUGGUUCGAGAUAAGUAUAAAAUUUCUGGAACUGCAGCAAAAUUGGGACGGUUAACAGCUUAUCAUCAUUGUACACUUCUGGUCAAUGCCAACAAGGCUGAUCUCAGCAAAGCUCUAGCAAAGCGUGAGACAAAGGCGACGGAGUCUACUCGCUCUCCUGUUGCAAAUCUGGCUGACCUGGAUAACAAGAUUACAGUGGAAGGCUUGCAGACUGCAGUUGGUUAUGAGUAUCUUCGUACUCCUGCCCUCAACAUUGAAGAUGGCGGGCAAGAUUUGAUUAUGAAACAGAGGGGCUUCCAGUUUAUAAACCCCACCGAUGAUUGGUUCCCAGGUCUGGCAAAAUUACGGGAGGAAUUACAAAGUUGGGAUUGGUGUUACGGUAGAACGCCUGUUUUCACAGUUAGCCGUACAUUCCCCGUACCUGCCGAACUGCUUGUCCCAACAAGAAUCUACGCCGCCACUCAAGAACUAGUAAUAAACAUGACUGUGGAAAAAGGUUUAAUAAGUGAUGUGACACUUCAUAUUCCACCUGGAUUAGUUGAAUCUGGAUUCCAUGGGGAGGCAUCAGUAAUUACUCAUCUCAAAGGGAAGAAGUUCACUUCUGAAGCACUGAGUGCGUUGCAGGAUGCUAUGCUCACGCGUCAUGUGAUUCACAAGUUGUUGGAGUUCAGGAAAAGAUCAUAA